UGCGGUUUUCGACCGUAUGGAUCCCAUCACAAAGCCACGUGUCUGCCGAACAAGUUCCGCCAAAAUUAUCCCUUUAAAUGUACCGGUCUCGUUCGCGGAUCAACCACCGCAAGCUCCACUGUAACUGUCGCAAAAUGGAAACCAUCGUCGAUGCUCCGAAACUUCGAGCUGAGUUUAUGAAAGUCUUGCGUAGUAGACGAUGUGCUGAAGUUCCGCUUUCUGUGGAGCAUGCAAAGCCUGUUGUGGUUCCUAUGUUUCAAGGAAAUUCCUUUUUUCAGGAAAUGGAAUCUUGUCCAAAAGAAAACAUUGAGAAUUUCAAGGAUCUACUGAGAGAAGAAAACCUUUACUUGAUCACUGAGGCCAGUGAGCAAGGACGCGUACCUGUGCUGAUCUUGAGCAUGAAAGAGGGCAAGAAUCAAAGAAAACCGGCUAUUGUAUUUUUGCAUCAUACAAACAGUUGCAAGGAAUGGUUACGGCCAUUGCUUGAGGCAUAUGCUUCACGGGGAUACAUAGCUGUCGCCAUUGAUUCUCGCUACCAUGGUGAACGUGCCAGCAAUACAAGUACAUAUCAAGAUGCUCUUGUAUUGUCAUGGAAAAAUGGUGAUACAAUGCCUUUCAUAUUUGAUACGGUGUGGGACUUGAUAAAGCUGGCAGACUAUCUUUCAGAGAGGGAGGAUAUUGACCCUUAUAGAAUAGGAAUUACUGGUCAAUCACUUGGAGGAAUGCAUGCAUGGUUUGCCGCGUUCGUGGACUCUCGUUAUGCUGUGGUUGUCCCAAUAAUAGGUGUUCAGGGUUUUCGAUGGGCCAUAGACAAUGAUAAAUGGCAGGCAAGAGUUGACAGUAUAAAUUCUGUCUUUGAAGAAGCACGGGUCGAUUUGGGCAAGGAGGCAAUUGAUAAAGAAGUGGUGGAAAAGGUUUGGGAUAGAAUUGCUCCUGGUCUAGCUUCCCAAUUUGAUUCACCUCACACAGUUUCAGUUAUUGCACCACGACCUCUGCUGAUUUUAAAUGGUGCAGAAGAUCCUCGUUGCCCAAUUGAAGGUUUGCAAUUUCCAAUAUCACGAGCAAAUGAGGUUUAUAAAGAGGCUAACUGUUCUGAAAAUUUCAAGAUGAUAGCACAGCCCGGGAUUGGCCAUGAAAUGACACCUCUGAUGGUGAAAGAAACUAGUGAUUGGUUCGACAAGUUCCUCUAAGAUUGUUUUCAGCCUCAUCUCUGUUUUUCUACUGUCAUAUUCUGAAGCCUUUUUCCAGAUGUUUGACAUCAACUGAAGGAAGUAAAAGUGUCAUAUAUUCAUAUUUAUGUGGUUGUUUCACUUGUUCUAA